AUGCAGUGGGAAGUGAUAAAGAAUGAACAGGACAAAGUCAUAUCUCAAGAAAAUUCCCACCCAUCACUUCCAAAUGAUGAACCAAGCACAUCAUCGUCAGACGGCAGCUCGGGAGUAUCUACUGUGCCAAGAAAAACUUGUGGGAGGUUGCUUUGUGAUGCAUCAACUGUCAUUACUAUACAGAUGACAGAAGCAGAACAGAAGAAACUGAGGGACCUCAAGACUAAUGAUGGCAUUGGGGAGCGUCCACAUUUUUACGUCUAUUGCGUGAAGCCAUGUAACUCAGUAAGAGUUGGAAAGCUGAGAGUGCGAUGUGCAACAUGCAAGCAGGGUGCUCUAACUUUGCAUCGUGAUCCUUGUAACUGGCAGGAUGUUCUCAACCCUCGCCAGAUUACUGCUACAUGUGAAACGUUAGGAUGCAAUGGUUCGAAGGCUGAGUUUUUCUUCAAGUGUAGAGACCAUGAGACUGCUGGAGAAGAUGAUACAGCUGUUGCCUUGUAUUUAGUACGUGCUAAUCUUCCAGCUGUUUCGUGCUUAGCAUGUACUGAUGUUUCAUCUCCAGUUGUGGUCUUUGAGUGUGCUGAAUCUCAUGUUAUGUGCCUUGAUUGUUUUGUAACAUUUUCAGUAUCAAGACUUAAUGAACGUCAGUUUCUGCAUGACGGUGUAUUAGGAUAUACAUUAUCAUGUCCUAUUGGCUGUCCUGACUCCCUUGUUCGUGAAGUUCAUCAUUUCAAGUUAAUGGGUGAUAAUCAUUAUGAAAGAUAUCAGAGGUUUGGUGCAGAGGAAGCAGUUCUUGCCGUUGGUGGUGUGUUGUGUCCUUAUCCUGGAUGUGGACAAGGGAUCAUACCCGACCAAGAUUGCCGUAGAGUUGCAUGUCUCAACGGAUGUGGAUAUGUGUUUUGUCGAUUGUGUUUACAAGGAUAUCACAUAGGUGAAUGUAACCCUGAAGAUGGAAAUGAUCCCAAUGGUGUAGGAAAUAGCAGUGGAUUUAAUGUAGAUCCAUCAAGAGCUGCAAGCUCAAGGUGGGAUGAAGCAUCAUCUAUAGCAAUCCGUGUUACAACCAAACCGUGUCCCAAAUGUAGGACUCCAACGGAACGAGAUGGCGGAUGUAUGCAUAUGGUGUGUACACGUGCCUCAUGUGCUUUCCAUUGGUGUUGGGUGUGCCAAACUGAGUGGACUAGGGAAUGCAUGGCAGCUCACUGGUUCGGAUAAUCAGCUUUGACAACCUUACUCGGAAAAUAUGAAUGCAUCAUAAUGUAGUGUAAGGUACUGAAGUUUAUCAGGAAACUAACCUAGUCAAUAAGUGCUGGUCAUGCAAAUGUUAAUAAGUUCAUGAAGAUUACAGAUAGUGGCCUCACAAAUGUAUUUUUGUAAAUCUUAGCAGAUCGGAUUGAUUCCAGAAUGCUAUAUGCUCUAUUAGUGUGGUUAAUUUACAGAAGCAUCCAAUGUCUUUGGUUUUCUUAUUUGCCUUUGGAAAUGUGCUUGAGCCUGCUUAUGUGAAAUUAUUUGUUCAUUGACCUAUAUAUGAAAUCAACAAUAGGGUAAAGUGUGUACUCUUCUCUAGACUUCAGCCUCUAGGUACAGAUGUCAGAUGUCUGCCUUUCUCUGUUCUGAACUCUCUUGACAUUGAUUCAGUAGUUUUAGACAAUGGGUACUGAAAGUAGGGUAUAAGGUUUACUCCUGCUUUCCUAACUUAUGCAAUCUCCAGGUAUAAAUGUCUUCCUUUCUUUUUUCUAAACUCUAUAACAUUCAAACAAUCUAGGCAGUAGAGGACUGAUCGAUCAGCUUCUGUUCAGCUUCUAUGCCCUUCUAAUUUCAUUUUCACUUCUUUGCUUUUUCUUGUCUCUGUAAGAAGUUCUUAAAAGAUAUAUGAAUGUUGAAGCGAAGGCUGCACUGUCUCGAUGACACCAAUAAUAGGCAACUACUAGAUUUUACUUGAUAGUGGUGUUGACUUCCAAGCAGCUGGAAGCAAGUGGAAGUGAAUGAUACUGCAUUUAGCAGAGGAUGUGUAAAUUAAGAUAAUAGUGGCUGCUUUGUACUGGUGUAUGUGAGGGAAAUGAACUUCUACUAAGCAA